AUGGCAACGCCACCAACCCCCUUAGAUCCGAUUUAUGCGGGAGAAAACAGCGGACCACAUGUUGUCGCCUCCAUCAUCAUCGUCGCGUCUCUUAGCACCCUGUUCGCCGCUGCUAGGCUAUACGUUCGACUUCACAUAGUACGCAAGUUCCAGUUCGACGACUACAUGAUUGUGUUAUCAGUCGUUUGUAGCUGGAUGAGUGUGGGAUUCUCUACGGCUGCAGUGCACUCGGGAAGUGGCCGACAUAUCCAAACGCUCAGCGGCAAGCAGAUAUCAGGAGCUAUUCAGUUUACCUUGUUCGGCUUCGUGCCUGGGAUCCUCUCAUACGUUCUACCUAAAAUGACGGUCGUGACCCUCCUAGCCAGGCUGCUGAACCCUUCUCGGUGGCACCUUGUGUGGCUGUGGUCGAUGUGUAUCAUCUGCCUAAUCACUAUGAUGGGCUCUGUCGCCAUUGCUUUCGCCCAAUGUCAACCAACAAAAUCUCAAUGGGAUCUCUCGGUCAAGCCAGACUUCUGUUGGUCGAAAUGGAUCUUGGUCAAAUACUCCUGGGGCUCCUGCGCGUUUUCGGCCUUUGUGGACCUGUACCUCUCUAUAUAUCCUGCGGUGGUACUGUAUAAAAUCCAGCUGCCAAGGAGGAAGAAAAUUGGACUUAGCAUAGCACUCGGGGUGGGCUCAAUUUCUACAGUUGUUGCUAUAUAUAAAAUUACCGUACUCAAAGGCCUUGCCAGUCCUGACUUUACGUUCGACAGUUGCAAUCUAACUAUCUGGACUAUCGUCGAGGGUAGUGUCAUCAUUAUUGCAGCUUGCAUACCACUGCUACAGCCUCUUCUUGAGAAAAUUCGGAAACGGUCCUGGUCUUCGAAUAGAAAGUCACAAAGCCUUUACUUGACGCCAAAGAAUGCGAGCGGCCAUCACAAAGGUUACGCUGAUGUCGAAUUGUCUAACGACAAGUCUCGUAUUCGGAAGGCGCGCCGCCAGUUCGAUAUGGAGAGCAUUCUCGAAACUAGGAACUACGACGAUCACUUGGGGGCCCAACCGGUACCAGCAGGAAGCCAAGAGCGAAUUCUGGAAGAAGACGAGACUGGAUUGGUGACGCAAACCUCUAGAAGGCAAAUACAAAACAAAAACAUACCACCUGACCCACACAAUGGGAUUCAUCGAACGGACGAGAUACGUAUUAGUUACGCCGAAGAUAACGGAAAUACUUCAAAUUCCCAUCGUCAUCAAGACAGCUGGUCAUGA